CUUCCCGCUAACAUUUCCACUUCACCAUAGCUCGUUCUUUCGCUGGUUGCCGACUCUCGGAUGGCGGAGUCGAGGGGAGAAUCUAGCAACUGUGCGAUCAAGCCGUCAGCGUCGAUGGCGGCAAGCAGAGAGUUACUCACCGUCGGCGGCGAUUCCUUGCCUUUCUUGGAGCGUCUCUUGAAGCAACCAUGCAGAACGAACCAGCGCGCGCAGAAGCCGCCGCAGAAUCCGCCAGGCGCGGGGCAAGCACCGCCAUCGAUGUUCACGACGCCCGUUGCGGAGAGCUCAGCCUCGUCCCUGCCAUUUCUGCUCUAGAGGACAUCACUCGAAGCAACAAGGCGGCACUGAAGCUGAAGCAGGAGGACCAGUCACGGGUCUCACAGGCGAACAGUCACGUGAGGAGUCAGGGUGCUCGGAGAUUAGAAUUGUCGGUCAAUUCGCGGAUCAUGGCGGAAGCGAAGUCUCAGGCCCAGGGGUACCGUACCGAAGCGUCCCACCUGAGGGGCGUGCUGGCAGCGGUGUUGGGCGAGUUUCACGAUGCCGACACCAUGGACGCCGCUGUUGAAAUGGCGCAGCUCUGCCAGCUUCUCGCUGUCUCCGACCCGCAUUCUAUCCCCAGCGCUGUGACCCACCUAUCAACGCGCGCGUGGCACUGCCAGCAGCUGCUGCAGCAGAUGAAACAGACCCAGGCGGGCUUGCAGGCGAGAGCGGAGGAGGUGGCUGCUCUUGCUGAGUGCGUUGAGAGCUGGAAGGCGCAGCUGCCAUCGGACGAUGACAUCAGCAGGGCCACGGAUGACGUGGCAGACAGGACGAGGAGAAUGGCGCAGGAGCAGCAGCAGCUGAGCCUGCAGCGGUCCGCGGCUCAGGGCUCUCUCGAGGCGGCAAGCUACAGUGCUGAUGUGGACAUGGCCGCCCUGCUACAGCUGGCAGAGGAGGUGCAGGGGGAGGAGGAAGCGGUGGGGCGGCUGCAGCAGGAUCUCGCGAUCUACUCUGACUUGCCCACGGACAUCACCCUGGCUCACAAACACCUGGCGAGGGAGAGGGAGAGGCUGCGAGCGCUGUCAAAGAAGCUGCAGGCGUGGAGCAUGGGGGAGAUAGACGAGGAUGGAAGCCACCUGGCAAGGGAGAGGUAGAGGCUGUCAGGCUGUCGAAGAAGCAUGGGGGAGAUAGAGAGCCUGGGGUACGGGCCCAGGUCCCCAGGGGAGUGGGCCACGGGCAAGCUGGAGGACCUGAGCUGCCGAGACCCGGGGUCUAGGAGUGCAAGAGUUGGGCACAUGGUGAGGGGCCUAGCGAAGCUGCAGCGUGGAGCAUGGGGGGGCCGUGGGAGGGGCAGGGGCUCGCACUGAGGAGAAGGGGGGCUCGUAUGGCUGUCCUGUCCUGGGUUCUAGGUCUACCGGAGCCUGUUCAAAGGGUGCCUGGUCGGGUGUUGAGGGGGGGCGGGGAGAGGGGGAGAAGAACUGUGUGCAUGGGCGAGCUUGAGGAAGCCGAGGGCACGUGCUGCUGCUGUUUUCAGGGACCAGAAAACCUAGAAACGCAUGCCAUUAUCGGUAGGUUUCAACUCCAAUGAAUGAAUCGAGGUGCAGGCAAGAGUACAGUGUACACUUCAUCCAUAGCAUGUCAGUCAGGGUGUGUCCAGCGCGUGCGUCUUUUUGUCAAAACCCUACCCAACCAUUUUAGAUUUGUUAUCGAUCUUUCUGACCAGUGAGGCACCUCACCUCACCCUACCGCAAUCAAACGUACCGGUAUGU